AUGGACAACUGUGAACACCCUUUAACAAGAAGGCAGGAAAUCGAAAGUGCCGCUGCCGUCACAGAGCUGCAAAGGCAGGUCAAGGCCCUGAAGCGCAAGAAAUAUGAGGCACUGUGUGAUCGCCUGCGGGAGAUCUCGCGCCUGAAGGAGGUGUCGCGGGUGUUACAGUGGGACCAGAGCAUCUGCUUGCCCAGGGGUGGAGGGGAGGCGAGGGGCAAGCAGCUAGCAGCUGUGGCGGGCAUUGUGCAUGAAAAGGAGACCUCACAGGAAGUGGGCGAUCUGAUCAGUGAGCUGAUGGAGGUGUCGUUAGAGGGCCUAAACGACUUCGAGAGGGCCGUUGUGAGAGAUGCACACAUUGAAUGGGACAGGGGCAACAGAUUGACAAAAGAAUUGGCAAUGGCAAGGAUAGAGCGGGCAAACCAGGCAGCACAAAAAUGGCUGGAGGCAAAGGAGAAAAACGAUUUCAUGAUCUUUGCCCCUUCCCUGCAGGAGAUGGUGGAGAUCAGCAAGGAGGUUGCAGCCACAGUUGCCCCGGGGACAGAUCCAUACACUGUUAUGGUGGAUGAGUAUGAGAGGGGAAUGACGGCACAAAGGUUGGGGGAGAUAUUCAGGGACAUAAAGGAAUUCCUGCUGGCAUUGUUGAGCAACAAUGGGGAAAAGGGAAUUUCACAACAGAGGAGGCAAAGGAGAGAGAUUGGUGUCUCGAAUUUCUCUGGCAAUUAUGAUGUUGAGCAGCAAGAGCAGCUGUGCAGGAAGCUGAUUGACUUUCUUGGAUUUUGGCCAGAAAAUGGCCGCCUCGAUGUGGCCCAUGCAGCAACAACUUACACAUUGAGCAGUUCUGAUGUUCGCCUGGUGACAAAAAUUGCAAGUAACAACUUCUCAGAGGCACUUUUAGCAACGAUGCAUGAGUGUGGGCAUGCCUUUUAUGACUUGGGACUCAACAAGGACUACCAAGGGCUACCUGUGAGCAAGCCACUGAGUACUGGUAUGCACGAAAGCCAAGCAUUGAUUUGGGAGUAUCUUGUGGGAAAGAGCCACGAAUUUUGCACCUGGUUUUGGCCUAUGGCAAAGGAAUUUUUCCCUGAGCUUCAAACAAAGACUGCUGAUGAUUUCUACAGAUAUCUGAACACUGUGCAUCCAAGCCCAAUACGUGUGAACGCUGAUGAAGUCACAUACCCAUUGCAUAUCAUUUUGAGAUACGAAAUAGAGCGGGACCUCUUUGCGGGCACCAUUCACGCGGAUGAGGUGCCCAAGGUGUGGAAUGAAAAGAUGCAGGAUUACCUAGGAGUUUUGCCAAAAGAUGACAAUGAGGGCUGUUUGCAGGAUGUGCACUGGUCGUAUGGGUGCUUUGGUUAUUUUCCAGCUUACGCCUUGGGGGCUAUGUACUCUGUUCAAUUGUUUGAGGCAGCGCAAAGGGACGUUUUGGAUCUGAAAGGUUAUUUCAGGGAUGGCCAGUUCAAAGCACUCCUGGAUUGGCUGGGGAAGAACAUUCACAGCUGGGGGUCCUUGUUUGCCUCUGCAGAUUUGCUGUUGGAGGAGGCAACAGGGAAUCCAUUGAACCUGCAGGUUUACAAAGCAUAUCUUGCUCGAAAAUAUGAGGAAUCAUUGGCAUGA